GUGCUUGGGUACCCUCACCUUACCAUGGGCUCUGUUCUAGUGGCUGUUCAAUCACCAGUGGCAAUGUCGGGCCCACGUGAGCGCCCCGUGAGUGACACUUUGGGGAACUUUGGCGGUCCCCAAAUUUAGAUAAACAUCCCUUUGUGGCUCGGCCAGGAGUAAUCCCACUGGCGAAUUGCCAUUCAUAUGCAAAUAACUCACGCGACAGGACGCGACAAGACUUUAAUGAGCUUCAAGUUCUAUUCAAGCCGCACGAGCGUAUCGUGGAGGGGUGCACGGUGUUCCAUAUAGGGGUGCAAGUGGGUGGGACUUAUUUCGGCAGGGAGCGCCAUCAAACUAUAUAGGCAACGAGUUAUCCCCUUGUGGGCCAAACUGAUUCACCCGUACACUCUUCCCGGACCAGACUGGACCCCCAGACCAACUUUUUCGCCAAACUUUUUGACAAAUUCUUUCUUCGGAAGUCGAUCAGUUUUUCCGAACUCAGAACUUUUGGGCACAGAGUCCGAGCACCAUGGAAAACUCGCAGAAAAUUCUCCAACAGGCCGUUCAACAGCUGGUGAACGAAGUCAGCUCGACACUGCCGAAGCGCGUCACAAAGAGGCGGCUGGACCGAUCGGACCCGUCCCAGCCCGAGCUCGUGCGCUGCAAGCGGCGAAUUCACUUCAACUAUUUGCAGCAAACUCCACCGGUGGCCGUCGCCCGGCGGAACGAGCGGGAGCGGAACAGAGUCAAGCUGGUCAACCUGGGCUUCGCAAGCCUCCGCCAGCAGCUGCCCAACGGCGCGGCCAACAAGAAGAUGAGCAAAGUGGAGACACUGCGCUCGGCCGUGGACUAUAUCAAACAGCUCCAGGAGCUUUUGGACGAGACCGACGCGGUGAACGCCGUGUUCAACGGCUCGCUCUCGCCUACCUGCUCGCUGACAAGCAGCUCCCCCUCCCCAAGCUAUUCCCCUGAGUCUUCGGGAAGUGAGGUGCUCACCCCGGAAGAAGAAGAACUUGUCAAUUUCACAGACUGGUUUACAAUGGCUUGAUCUUGCUCAGAAGUGUCUUGAUGUACAUGUGUACAAUACUGGGAGAGGGCGUGACCCGCAGGAGAUAUGACCAAUGAGAUCCCUCGACGUCUUGCGUCAGGCGCACCGGUCUGCCAAUCACAGCGGACUGGGCAGGAGGGACCGGCGAGGACAACACGAUGGCCAAGCCAAAGCGAACAAAUCCUUCCACCGCACGGGAAACGGCCGCUUCGAACAAAGAAAAUCCACCGGGAGCGCGUGGAAUGAAUCACGGGGCCUGCGUGGUGCAAUACACCGCUCAUGAUUGUGCUGGUAUCAACGGGCAGGCACGGCAGACGGAGCUCAAGAUAUUGACAUGUACAUGUAUGCACCGCUUCCUUUUUUUCGUAACAGAAAAAAGGCUAAUUUUUAGUGUAAGAUUUUCUAAAAAGGGACUCCAAAUUAAUUCUCUCUUCAGCUCCUUCGUUUGUGUCACGCGUUUCUACCAAAUUUUUCUGUAAUUAUAGGCUUAAGACAUGAUGGAAUAAAAUACGAGGGAGAACAAGAUUGGGACAAACCUUACUAGAGUUUUAUUUGGGCGAAUCUUACUUAACUCAUUCCAUUCCACAAGCCCUCAAGAAACUGUGCGUCUCUACAACUAUUUACCGGUGUAAUUCCUUUUUGUAAAAAAGUGGACAAUUUAUGAAGUGCCUGUUGCUUGCAUUUUCUGCGUGCCUUCCAAUGUUUGUAGAUAUCCUGAAGAUUGUAAAAAUAUUAUUUUGUACAGAGAGAGAGAGAGACAGCCUCGUUACUGCAAGAGAAAUUCUUAAUCGUAUUGUUUUCUAUCUGUAUCGCAAGUAAUAGAAAAGUUCUUGAUUUUACCAUAUGUUUAGAGGAACUAUGGUCACAUUAGCCGCUGUAUCAGCAUUUAAAGACACUGUAGUGUACCUUUAUUUAGCCUUCACAUUUCCGUUUGAAAAAGCAUUGCUUCGUGAAAUAUUUUUCUAUAAUACAAAUAAUAUAUUUGUGAUUUCUAAGUUCUAAAUUCCCAUUUUUUCGUUUUUAGAAAUAAUCUGUUCAUUUGUUGAUUGAAGCCAUUCAUCAGGAAUGGAGAAAUUUGAUUUCUGAACUGCCAUCAUAAGCUUUUGCUGUAUUCUAGGUUUUUGUACCUGUUCUAACCAAAAUUGUUCUAGACUGAGGGAUCAGUUUUGCUUAAUUUGGUGAACACUAGGGAACUAUUUAGACAUUGGUGCUUGACCAGUGAGUGUGCUAUCCAUAAGUAUAUUAUAAUUAUGCUGCUGUUCACUGGGGUAUUCGCUUUGACUUCUUUCACCUAUGUUCAGGUUUGGGGGAAUUCUUAAUUUCAUUUUACCGGUUAAGAUGUAGGAUACUGCGUUGAUGUGUCAUGAGCACUUUCUAGCCUACCGAGAUAUGCUUGCUUGUUACGAUGUUGCUCCUCGAUAUCCUGAAUAUUCAUGAGAUAUUACUGCAAGACUUGAUUUGAGGUUUUUAACGAAAAAUAGAAGAGAACACGAAAUGAAUGGUUUUCGCCAAACUUCUACGAAUGACUUGUUGCAAAACAAAAGGGUUCCACCGCGGUUUGACCAAUUCUUGGCGAUGAAUUGCAAAGGAAGUGCGCUGUGUGGUAAAAAUGUCUGGUGUGCGUUGUUAAACGCGAUUGUCACAGUCAAAACUGAAAGUUUAUUUUUGUACCUGGCUCUGACAAAGCCAGCUUGGCUGGUCGAGUCAGGGCCCUUUGCCGGCCAUCCAUUGUACAUUUUAUGGAAUUUGGCCCGAGGAAGGUCGUGUAAAUAUAAUUCUUGUUUUCUACGACAAUUUUGCAGAGAGUUUUAAUAACGAAGAAUAAAUGGCAAGUUUACUUAUUGA